ACGCCUCGCCUCGCCUCGUUUUUUCUCAAUAGUUGUCAGAGCCUCGGGUCACUCACCAGUCGUCGUGAGGCAUCUUCCACUCCCUUUCUUUCUCUCUCUCUGUCUCCCUGUCCUCCACCUUCUCAGGCUCCAGCAUCCUUUUUGCAAAAGCUGAGAAACCCGUGGACCGCGAAGCCGUUCGUAAAUUCGAGGUGGUUUGAAGCUCUGCAUUAGUGAGGCAGGAAAACAAACGCCAAGUCCUUUCUCCUCAAAAGUUCUCGACUCAAACUCCGACCAUGUCCGGCGAAGACGCACCUGCCCAGCAGCAAAACGCCGAGGAGCAGAAGCAGCAGCAGCAGGAGACCAAGACGCCCGCCGAGUCCCCAAAAACCGAGAGCAAACCAGACCCACCGCCCACCAGCGCGUCCACCGAGGCCGCCGCAGCAGCCGCCGCUGACGACACCCCAGCGCCCGCUGCCGAGAAAGCCCCAGAGGAGGACACGUUCAGCUACCGCGCUCUGGUGCUCACCGGCUACGGCGGGUAUGAUAAGGUGAAGCUCCAAGUGAAGAAAGGGAAGCCGGCUCUUAAGAGCGGCGAGGUGAUGGUGCGCGUAAAAAUGUGCGGGCUGAACUUCGCAGACCUGAUGGCGAGACAGGGACUGUACGACCGGCUCCCGUCCCCGCCAGUAACCCCGGGCAUGGAGUGCUCCGGGAUCAUCGAGGCUGUCGGUGAAGACGUGACUGACAGAAAAGUUGGUGAUAAGGUCCUGGUUCUGAACCGGAGCGGUAUGUGGCAGGAAGUAGUAGUGGUGGCCACCACACACACCUUCCUGAUGCCUGAGGGCAUGAGCUUUGAGGAGGCAGCGGCACUUCCUGUUAAUUACAUCACCGCCUACUUGAUGCUCUUCGACUUUGGGCACCUGCGUCCCAACCAGAGCGUACUCAUCCAUAUGGCUGCAGGUGGGGUGGGCAUCGCUGCCACUCAGUUGUGUAAAACGGUAAAUGAUGUCACAGUGUUCGGCACCGCCUCGGCCAGCAAGCACGAGGUCAUCAGCCAGGGCGGAGUCACGCACGCCAUCGACUACCGGACACGUGAUUAUGUGGAGGAGAUCCGUAAAAUCAGCCCAAAAGGCUUGGACAUUGUUCUGGAUCCUCUGGGAGGCUCUGACACCCAUAAGGGCUACAACCUACUGAAACCAAUGGGGAAGCUCAUCAGCUACGGUGCCGCUAACAUGUUGGCGGGUCAGAAGAAGAACCUGUUUGCGGUGGCUAAGACCUGGUACCAGCAGUUCUCCGUACACACCCUGAGCCUGAUCCAAGGAAACCGCUCAGUGUGUGGAUUUCACCUGGGUUACCUGGAUUCUGAGACUGAGCUCAUCGCUCAGGCCAUGGCAGCCGUCAUGGACCUGUACAGACAGGGCAAGAUCAAGCCCCGAAUUGACUCCACCUACCACCUAGAACAGGUUGGUGAUGCCAUGCGUAGGAUGCAAGAGAGGAACAACAUCGGUAAAAUCAUCCUCAACACCGAGCCCAUGAAGGAAGAGGAGAAGAAAGAGGAGGCCAAGAAGGAAGAGGAGAAAAAGAAAGACGACAAGAAAAAGGAUGACAAGAAGAAGGAAGACAAGAAGAAGGACGACACCAAGAAGGAGGAGAAAAAGGAGGAGAAGAAGAAGGAAGAGGCCAAGAAGGACGACAAGAAAGCGGAAGAAAAGAAGGAGGAACCCAAGAAAGAGGAGAACUGAGUGGAGAGAAACAUUGUGGAUGUGCUUUGUGUCUGUGUCAGCGGUUUGGGAGUGGUCUGAGUGUGUGUGUGUGUGUAUGUAUGUGUUAUAUGUGUGUGUGCGUGUGUAUGGAGGGGUGUAUAGUGUAAUUAGCUUAACCCCAGGUGAUUCCUGACCUUAGACCUGCACUUCUGCAAUCAUUCAAUCAACCGAAUUCACACACACACACGCACACACACACUUUAUACACCAAGGGAACACACCACUUUUUCGUUCUGUUGUAACCCGGUAAUAUUUAUUCCCGGUUCUGCCGCGUCCUUUCUAACUAUUUCGUAUGACUGCAUGCCACCGAGGCGUGUUAGGGCAGUAUUAUCCUUUUUAUAAAUAUCACCUCAGUGUUUACUCAACCAACGUCUUUAAUUAUAUAACAAAGUAACCUUAUUCUGCACCCUUUAAAAUGUACUAUCAUAUCCUCUAACGUUAUUCCUGCCAAACUAAUGCACUAUACAAUUAUCGUAUUCCUUUGUAGACGCAAACCAAAAACCACCUCGUCCGCUCUCUACACCCCUCCGUGUGUGUUUGCGUAUCCACCGUGAGAUUGGGUUUUUUCUGUUCUCUGAAGUGGGUGCACUUGUUUGAAUCGUCAUCAAAAGUGAAAGAGCUUUUUUUUUUCUGCCCACCUUGGCCCACAAAAACAAGUGCACCCACCUACACUCCCAUUGUUUAUGUUGUUCUCCCCUCAUUGGACCAGACUCACUGACACACACUCAAGCUCCGCCCCCACAGAGGAGUCAGGGUGGUUUCCGAUUGGCCGAGAGAGACAACAAGCUUCUUUCAUGCGCACACAUGUGCGCUAAACACGUCGCCGGCGUUACCCCAAAAACUAACAAGGGCGUUUUAGGCUUCAGCUGAUCAGUGUGCCAUGUCAUUAAAACGGGGCAAGCGCCAAGGUUUUAAUGAGUCUAGCUUGGCAAGCAGGACCAAUUACAGAGAACAUUCCCCUAGUCUUUUUCCCAUCGUUUCACUUCUAUCAGACUCAUAAAGACAGGAGUGGCCUUUCAUUCCAGAACCUCCUCCAGGAUUCCUGACGCUUUCCGCCCCUCGCUCCACACACACGAUCAUGCGGACCUGCAGUUCGCAUUUAAAUAUGAUCUCCGUCUGGCUUUUCUAACUCCGCUCUCUCUCUCAGCGUUCGCUUGCCCUUUUCGUCAUUGUGGUUGGCAUAGCAACAGCAGUUAGGGAUGACAGCUAGGUCUCACCCCCACAUCCUAGACGGACGCAAACACAACCGCUCGCAGCGGCUUCUUUUAUACCAUAAACUUGGUGGUUUUAUUUUAACUCGUUUAGGAAUGUGGCUACACCCUCUCUUAUACAUGUCACUCAAACCCUCUGGCUCCUCCCCCUCCCCUGUUUCUCAGAGAGCAGUGAUCUGCUGCCUCCGCUGGUGAUUUAUAUGCAUUGCAGUGCUAUCAUUCAAAUAAUCAAGACACCUGCUGACCGCUCUCUUUCGUCUCACACUGAGUCUGGUUCAUUUCAGUGAGUGUUUAUGUGAAGCCAGAUCCCGUCUUUUAUAUGUGUGUUUGUUGUGUGCGAGUGUGUGUAUGUGUGUGUUUCUGUAUUUGAGCGUCUGUCCUCAGGUUUGUUGUCGGAUUUAGAUUCAAAUGUUCUUUCUUUCUGUCUCUCUACCUCCCUCAUGCUACCUUAUGCUACCGUCUGGCAUUUUAACCGUCUCUUUCUCUCCUCCUCCGUCAGUUUCUAACUCUUGAAUAUUCCGGCCCCCGUGAACGGCCUGCAUUGGUUUGCUAUUGUUUGCACUCAGCUUGCACUUAUAGAGAAUGGGCGUUCCACAUCCAAUCCAACGCAUCUCUGGUUCCAGUUCGGGUUUUCACUCAAACCUUCCGUUUCAGUCGCAUUCUCAUUCUCAUUCUCCCACGGCUCUUUAUGCGCCCCUAAAACCAGAGUGUGAACAUGUAUGGAGAUGCUCAGAAGGCUGCAUUGUUUAAUGCAUGCUCAUGUUUACAUAAUCACUUAGAGUGCAGAUAACCGCUCAGGCCCAGAAUGCACCGGGGCGGGUGUGGAACAGCCAUACUAGUCUGAAGAGUCACCGUGUUCCAACUUACUGAAUCCCAAACCGGAUUUUAGUUCCGGAUCCGUGGGAUCGAGUUUCAGUUUCUUGUUGUGUUCGGCUGGUUCUCUUCCUGUGUUCCUGUGGAUGGUGACUCAGAGCACCAAGUGACCCUAACUAACACUUCAGUGAAAAAUAUCCGUCCUCUUUGUGUUUUGUUUGAUUUCUUAUUAUUUUUUUUUUUGUAUGUUUGUUUGUUUUUGUGGUCUGCAUUUCAGUAGUUUGAGUUCAAAAGGCUUUGCUGCAGUUCCUCUAAAAUGUGAUGAAUCAUGUGAUUUCGUUGGUCCUGACCGAGUGUGCCAAACUUUUUCGUGAAGGCAUGACCUUCGCUAUAACUGUGCUUACUGUACUGAAGAUGAAAAAAGAAAACAAAGAAUGACAGAUGAAGAAAAAAAAACCUAACCGUCUGUGGUUUUUGUCAAAAUACCCUUGCAGUAAAAGAUUCUGAAUUCGCUCCUGUCGUGUGUGGUCGACUACGCCCUGAAUAUUAUUGGUGCUGACUGGUUUCCGACUUUUUUUUUGUUUGUUUGUUUGUUUUCCGCUAACGUUCGAAUCCAUGCAAAACCUCUCGUUCUCACUGUGCCUCAGUCGUAGACCAACACCAGAUUGCCUCCACGCAUGUUUACACGCGAAUGCAUUUACACGCACGUAGACAGUAGUUCGUCCCCAACGCCUACGUCUCAGCUCUGCUGUCCUGAAGGGCUGGAAUCUCAUUCCCAAUGAUCUGAAACCCCCCAGAUCAGGUGUACUGUUGUUUACGGAUGCACUUCUGUGUAUCAUGUGGGUGUUCGUAGGAAAUUAGGCGUAUUUUCUAACCUAUGAGCUGAGGUAACCCAACAAAAAGAUCCAGCAGCAGUCAGAACGAACGAAUGAUUAAUGUCUAGUUUUGAAGUAGUUUCAGGCCACAAGCAUUUGCGGGCUAUUCGUUGUUCUCCGUUUUUUGUUUCUCAGUGAAUGUACAGUGAUCAAUCGCAACCCCAAAAUCAUAGCUUGCCCAAAAAAGUGCAAAUUCUCUCAUUGAUUUACUCACCCUCGUGUGGUUUCAAACCUGUGAAGCAUAAAAGAUAUUUUUGUCCAUGCAAUGGAAAUCUGGAAAGUUUUCUUCAAAAUAACUCUUUUAUGCAGGUUUGGAACGACAUGAAGGUGAGUAAAUAUCACCGAACUUUCAUUUUUGGGUGAGCUAUGCCUUUAACAUCUAUUCCCAGAGCCCCGUUCGCAAGCAAACCCUGCUGUGUUUUCAUUUCCAGAUGAUCCAGCAGCGGCACUCCGGUUCUGGAACUCAUCUCGGCUGCUUAUGACAUCAGAGCGGCUGUCGAUUCGGUUUCGUCCCUAGUUCUGUCUGCAUUGGCUGGCGUUAAGCGCCGCUGGGUUCGUUCAGAGACCGUUCGGAGAGCCCACACCCAAAAAACGUUGACAUCUGGGCUGGGAAUGCUCACUUUAAAUCUCUCAAGGUUUCUAGCAUGAUGGUUUGGAAUAUUCUUCCUCUUCCUUUUUUUAUUUUUUGGAGCUCGCAACGGCUCCACAAUGAGCUCAGCCGCAGGUGCGAGCGUCUCUGGUGGAUAUGGAAUUGUGCGACUGGGAGCCAGAGAGAGGCUCGGAUCGAGCCAAGCUGCUUCCUUCCUCAAUCUCUCAAUCCAAUAGCUUUCCCAGAACAGGAAACGCCCCUCAGGUUUGCAGAGUGCAGAAUUCCUGCUGCAAAUGCAGCCUUAACCAGCGCUGAAUCGCAUCACGCCUAGACUUUAUUUACAGUGUUGGCUACACAAACGUAGCUUAGUGAAAUGUAUUUAUUAAUUUAUGCUUUAAUGAAACCACUAAUGAAAUGAAGCUUUGAAAGGUUUUUAGCUCUAAAUUUAUACGGCAGAUGUAUUUGCCUUCUCUUUGUCUGGCACAUACGAGCAACGGUGAGUCAUUGUGGACUGUUUCCCACACAUGCUCGGCGUAACAGGUCUAUCUUUGUCUCCGCACACAUUACGCUGUCUUCAUGCUGCACUUUUUAUGUACAUUCGGAUGCGUACUUGCGCGGCGCACGGUGACGUUUCGGAAAGAUCUCGAGUCACGAAAGGCUCCGUUUGCACUCUGUGAAUUACAGUUCUAACUUUCCUGCUUGGCUUUCUUGACUGAAGAGCCAAUCAGAGGCACCAGCUUGCAUUCCUGUUCACUGAUUGGUUCUAAAUUCAAACCCCGCCCCUAUCCGUCAGCAUUAAUGCUCCUCCCCCCUCCACACACGUCAGAGAAGCACCACGGGUUGUUUGUGUUGUUGUUUGUUUCUUGAAACCCUCCAUGAAAUGUUUCUUCAUUUGAUUUUGAGAAUCUGAAGUGCUGCUGUUUCUGUGCUUGACUCUGGGUUGGUUGGACUGCGUGUGGUCAUGAGGACCGUAGAGUUCAUAACGCUUCUGUGUGUGAUGUGACCAUUUUGCCUUACAUGUUUUCCAGGACUAAUUAAAGAGCAUAACUAAAA